AUGUACGUGAUAUACCCUGCAGAAGAAGUAGUCUCCCUAACGUACAGCUCGUACACGCUGCCCCGGCAGCGGCAGCGGCCCACGCUCGACGCCGAGCCGCCGCGGCGAGUGACGACCAGCGCGGAACCCCAGCCCCCGCCCCCCGCCCCGCCCCGCGCCGUCUCCUUCCCCAAAACGGCGCCCCCGGAGCCAGCGGAGCGCGCGCCGGCCUCGCCGACGCCGUCGCUCGAGCGGCCGCCCAAGCUGCGCGAGCGCACCAAGGCGAAGCUGCUCAAGAGGCUGGGCCGCCACGAUGACAGCGAAUUCGGGAAGAUUGUACGCACGCCCGCGCCGGACGAGUUCGAGCUGCCCGCCCCUUUGCCCACUCCGGCGUUCUCGCGAAAGAACAUCUUUGACCGCGACUUCGACGCGCUGUUCGAGGUGGCCAGCACUCCGCAGUUCGGUGCGAACGUUCGCGUGACGACUCCGGAGCCUGACCGACGUUCGGAUGCGUCAGGAACCCAGUUUCCCUCCCCUGCGACGUCGUCCCUUAGUCUUCUCCCACCCCGACCGUACUCAGAGCCUGCGACUAAUCCCUCUCCCGCGCCCUCCGCACGAACUUCCACGCCUUCGACACCAACGCAACGAUCAUCUUUCGAAGGAUCAAGUACUAAGCCGAAGAAAAGAGGUUUCUUCCGCAAAUUCAACUCAACGAAGGAAACAACGCCACCAAAAACGGUCGCCAUGCAACAACCGCCAGUUGAGAUGGCUCUGCGAGAGCUGACCCACCCAACGCAUAACGAACAACUUAAAAAUCAACAGCAAGUUACCUUUAAACUUGUGAAAACAGUGUCAGACUUCACAACGCAACUCUCGCAACUAUAUGAGAGGCAUUCAGCUGAAAUGCAACUCCUUGUUGCCAACUUUCGGAAAAGAAACAGCGAACUAAGAAAAGAAAGAGCAUCGUGUCCAUCGUCUCUUUUCCAUACGUGGGAGACAUUACUGCAGGAAGUUGAGACCGACGUGGUGUGCUGCAGCAACGCCGCCACAUCCUUGGAACGAGUUGUGGCCACACCGCUCAUAGAGCGAACCUUCUACAUGAAAGUGCAAGCACGAAAGCUCUUCGCCCAUCGGGAAGGCUGUGAAGUUAUUUUGGGCAAAGCCGACGACCAACUCAACAAGAGUCGUCAGGAGUACCGCGGGGCCUUUUUGAACUACUGCAACAACCAGAAUUCGGCAGCCCUCGCCGCGUACUAUGACUCUCAUAACAACUACGUGCAGCAACUUACUGCUACCAACGCAAUGAUCGAACAGUACCACAAGCACACACUUCCAACCAUACUCCAGGAACUCGAGGAGAUACUGACUGACGUCACAACAGCUGUUAGCGAAUCUAUAUGCCAAGGUGGAGAAAUUAUAACAGAUAAGUGCAACAAUCAGCUUCGCCGCUACGAGUCCUUGUGCGCCCAGUCGCGAGCAGUGUCGAGCACCGCCGACCUGGCCCAUCUGGCCCGCACGCUGCUAAAUUCGCAGCCGCCCAUGCGGAGCCCCAAGCGCGCGUUUCUGCCGCCUUACCCACCAGAGCCCGACGACCCACCGAUCGACGUGCCGGCGGAGACGAUGCCUCCAGUACUACGCGGGGAGAUGCUUCUUGACCGUAUGGAUAUACGAGAAGCGCGUCUUAACUACGACCAGUUGAGGAAGGACGCACAAGAUCUUGAGAUGCAAAUAAAACAGUUGCAGGAUGGUCUGGAUUCAUUAGUUCGAGUACAGAACCGCAACCUGGAGAGCAAUAUUUACGGCAAAGUCAACGAGAUACAGGAAGAAAUUUCGUUGAAGAAGUACGACUACAGGGCAACACAGCUCCACCUAGCUGCAGUCAGAGCUCAGAGGGAGCUAUUCGCGGCGAAGGCAGACAGUGGCGCCGCGGCUGCGGACCGCAAAUUUUCUACCUCAUCAGCCGGCAGCAUGAAAAAUAAGUGGCUCAAAGCCUUCCGAAGCCUGAAGCCACCUAGCGCUCUACCACCUCACGCUGGCCCUCAAGACAAGAGGAAUGGAGCAGCACGCGACGCUAUGCGUUCUGGUGGUGAUUCAGAGGCCCACAAUUUCCAAGAGUACACAUACAAGAAAAUUACUCCGUGUGAUGUAUGUUCUCAAGUUCUUCGAGGCCAUACGCGCCAGGGAUUGCGGUGCCGUAUGUGCAAGAUGAAUGUUCACACUGACUGCAUGCCGCAAGUGGGCAAGUGCCAGACAAAGUCUAAGCUCCUUCGCCGCCAGAAGAGCACCUCCGAAAUAGAGUCGCACAGAGUCCAAGAAACUGCUUUCGAAGAAGAAAGGGACGAGGACGGCUGGCUGCCCGGACAGAGAAUCACCAAGAUUUGUUUCAAGGGAUCGGUCGAGUUCGAUGACGAUUUCGAUAGCUACUAUGACGAGGAGGAGGAAGUGGAUCAGACCUACCAAGUACUGAAGCGGGCCAACGAAAUAGCGAAGCCGGCCGGGGAUUCGCGCGGGGGCCCCGUAGUGCGCGUGUCGGCGCCGGAGGAGCCGGGGGCGGCGCGCUCGCCGGCGCGGCCCGCGGCCGGCCUGGCCGUGGCGCCGCAGCCGCUCACCUCCACCUCAGUAGUGUCGAGUUUUGCACGCACUCCCGUAAGUCGAGGGCGCGGGGCCGGGCCGGGGAGCGGUACUGAGCGCUGCUUGUCGGUAGGGGCGACGCGGCCCGACGGCGGCGUGAGGCGGCGGCUCUUCGCCGGCGUCAAGAGUUUGUCCAUGUGGGGCUCGAGGUCGCGCCGCGGCUCGCCGCAGCACCGAUCCGUUUCGCUGCCGGAAAAGUCCGAGGAGACCACCACGCGACCUUUUGGACAACCCCUAUGUUUCGUUAAAGAGAACGGCGAUCCACCGCCAUCAAUUCUCAAGCCAACGGCGAGCGUUCGCAAGAAAAAA